AUGGCGGAUCUGUUUGUCAUUUUUGACGAGGAGGGCAUCGCCGAUCGCGACCCGGAACGCACAUAUCGCACUUACAGCGAUGCUUUCGCUACGAUGUCAGAGGACAACUUCAAUGCAACCUUCCGCUUGUCUAAGGACGCUGCUAGAGAGGUCUGCGAAGCUGUCAAGGGGGAUCUAGAGCGGCCUCAGCAGUGGCGUCGUACAACCCUCAGCGUCGAGCAGAGAGUUUUAAUGGCGCUACGGUUCUACGCCACUGGGGCAUUCCUCGGCAACAUUGCGAGGGAAGAGAGCUUCGUUUGCAGUAAGCAUGCAAUAUCCGAGGCUCUCCACGCAGUGAGCCUAGCCAUCACAAUGAACCUUGCGCGGAAGUAUCUCCGGUUCCCUUCGACUCCAGAGGAAAAGCUGGAAGUAAAGCGCGGGUUCUACGAGUUGGCUGAGUUUCCUGGGUGCCUAGGUGCAAUUGAUGGUACCCAAGUGGCAAUACAGCAACCGAGCCUUGCUGAUCCACGCUUCGUGGAUGGAAACUACUAUUGCCAUAAGGGAUACCAUUCCAUCAAUGUCUUAGCGGUGAGCAAUUCUCGAGACAGCGCCUACCCCUUGCAACCAUGGCUGAUGACGCCUGUCCGAACACCAACGACACAGGAAGAAGAGGACUACAAUGACGCACACAGUCGAACACGUGUGCGCAUUGAGCACUGUUUCGGCAUGCUGAAGAUGCGGUUCCGGUGCCUUCAGAGGUACCGCACCUUACACUUUGCUCCAGACCGGUCGUGCAAAAUCAUAAACGCUUGUGUGGUGUUGCACAACAUGUGUAUAACGUACAACACACCUCAGCUACCUGAUGCAGGUGACGCAGAAAGUGGGCCUGAUGAUGACAUGACACAAGAGGCACACGUUGCGGGGGCAGACGAUGCAGAGGACAAUGACAGUGCUGUUGCCACAAGCAGUCGUGCAACCCAGUGCGUGUGGAACUUUGUCACCUGUGGCUAUAAAACUGUGCCUUUGAAUUCUGCUCUACAACAGGGGCCUCAAACACCUGAGCAAGCUCUGUGA